GCGUUUACGUUUUUAAAUAAACGACUAAAACCCCUUGAACAUCUGCAGACUACCCCAAAUGAGUUUAAAGAUUUAUGCUAUCUACUGACUGUCAAUGCGGUCCAUGAUGCUCCGUCAUUUAAGAAUUGGGAAGGUAUUGGGCCUGCAAGAGAAAAGUUGGUUGAACAAUUCCGAAACAUGCUCAAUUUUGAGAAUGCAGAUAAAGACGGAUCUAUCUACGUGCCUCCGAACCGACUUCUUACACUCCUCCGACAGGCUGUUGCAUAUCAAAUAGAGUUCUCUCGUUAUCAUCCGCGUGUUGCGCCAAGGAUUAACACACUUUUACAGGAUUACACGAGUCUAAUAAUACCGAAUGCUGUUAGAGCUACAUUGAUCGGACACAAGGGUAACGUCAAAUGUGUCGAGUUUGUCGGUGAAGCCGGUCGAAAGAUUGUCAGCGGAUCAAGUGAUAACACAAUUAGAGUAUGGGAUACAGAGACAUCGAAGCAACUUGCAGUGUUUGAGGGUCAUGAGUCUCGCAUAUGGGAUGUUUUGUCCAAUAAAAACGGAACUAUAAUAUCUAGCGCUAGUGGAGAUAGUACUAUUAAGAAUCACAUCGUGAGCGGUGGCUAUGACAAGAUUGUUCGCUUGUUUGAUGUCAAUACUGGUUGGUGA